AUGCAUUCUAUUGAACAUCCAAUAUUUUAUUUGGACAACAAAAACAAUAGUCUUUUUGUUGGUGGAAGGGGUCGUAUUUUUAAAUUAAAUUUAACGGAUAUUACCAGUACCAAUACUCACCACGAUUUUAAUGACACUGACAUAAAAAUAAUUCAGCCGUUUGGAAUGAAUAGAUUAUUUAUUUGUGGAGUAAAAAAUUAUUCAUCAACAAAUUGGAUUAUUCAUAAAAAUUUUAAAGUCAGAUUAAAUGAAGGCAUCAAGUGGAAAUCACCUUUCUCACUUAAAUGUAGUGAAGCCAAGACUCGUAAAGCAACCGCAUUGAUGGAUCCAAAUAAAAUUUCUUUUUAUUCUGGUGUACCUCAAUAUAAUAAAAGCGACUAUCAUUCACCAUCUAUAUUUCGAACAAAUUUUAAAAUUACAAAUAAUAGUGUAUUGGAUCCAAUUGAUAUCCAAACGUCACAAAAUUAUCAACGUAUAUGGCCACAUGGCAAUGACGAUUAUGUAGGAUCAUUUGAUGUUGAUGACCAAGUUUUGUUUUUUUUUCAAGAAUCUGGGAAUAUUGAUGAGAAAAAAAAAAUAUUAACUAUUGACAGAAAGUCUACAGAAGAGCACAGAGGAGAAUCUGAUAUAGAUCCAGAAGAAAGAAUAUAUUUUCGAGUAGCAAGAGUAUGUAAAAAUGAUAAUGGAUCAUUAAAUAAACCACGUACCUGGACUACAUAUGCCAAAGCUAGGCUCAACUGCCCAUCAUUUGAAACGAUGAACAGCAUUUACAAAGACAACCUUUAA